UCAAACUGCCAUCCGAAAAUGACAAACAGACCCAGAAUGAUCAUGAGCUUCACUAUUCACCCGACAUUCCCUGAACAUUUAAUUCGUUUAGCCAUCCUGAUUUGACGCGCCCGCACCUGUCCGCGAUCUCAUAUGGACGCCGAGCCCGCUCUCUCCUGUUUCCGCAGACCGCAGGAGGAGACCCGCGAUGUGUCGGUGAGCGCGCACGCAAUCUCAGCGCCAUCACACUGAAACAGGAGACCCGCGAGUGUGGAUAUGCCUACCGGGAAACUUUUCAUCGCUUAAUUUUUCGUUCCCCCCUCCCCUACAUUUUAUCGCACACGGACGCCUCUCGCCCUAUCUCCCCCAUGAAAAAUAAUCUUUGGAGCGGCGCGAUGAUGUCGAGCAAAAGUGCGGAAUGGCUGCAGGAUGAACUGGAGGCUGGCGGCGGCGGCGCGCUGCUGCUCCUCGACUGCAGGUCGCACGAACUUUUCGAGUCCUCGCAUAUCGAGUCCGCCAUCCACCUGGCCAUCCCGGGACUUAUGCUCCGGAGACUGAAGAAGGGCAACCUGCCCAUCCGAUCGAUCUUUCCCAAUAACGAGGACAAGGAAAAGUUCGUGAAGCGCUGCAAGACGGACACGGUGGUGCUGUACGACGAGGCGACCGCGGACUGGCAGGAGAACGGAGCUGCAGGCUCUGUGCUGGGGCUGCUUAUGCAGAAACUGCGGGAUGAUGGAUGUAAAGCCUAUUAUUUGGAAGGAGGAUUUAACAAGUUUCAAACCGAAUACCCAGAGCACUGCGAGACUAACUUGGACAGCUCGUGUCCGAGCAGCUCUCCACCCGCAUCCGUCUUGGGCCUCGGAGGUUUACGGAUCAGUUCGGACUGUUCUGACGGCGAGUCGGACCGGGAACCAGGUAGCGCCACAGAGUCAGAGGGCAGCCCCUUACCCAGUAACCAACCAGCGUUCCCAGUCCAAAUUUUACCGUACCUUUUUCUGGGCUGUGCCAAAGACUCCGCCAACUUGGACGUUUUGGGCAAGUACAACAUCAAGUACAUCCUGAACGUAACUCCCAACCUACCCAACAUGUUUGAACACGACGGGGAAUUCAAGUACAAGCAAAUUCCCAUCUCGGAUCACUGGAGCCAAAAUCUCUCUCAGUUUUUCCCAGAAGCCAUUUCUUUCAUAGAUGAAGCGCGUUCCAAAAAGUGUGGCAUCUUGGUGCACUGCCUGGCAGGAAUCAGCCGCUCGGUCACCGUCACGGUGGCGUACCUGAUGCAGAAGCUCAACCUGUCGCUGAACGACGCUUACGACUUUGUCAAGCGCAAGAAAUCCAACAUCUCGCCCAACUUCAAUUUCAUGGGCCAACUUUUGGACUUCGAGAGGACGCUAGGGCUCAACAGCCCCUGCGACAACCGCACGCCCAACGACCAGCUCUUCUUCACUACGCCAACCAAUCACAACAUGUUCCAGCUCGAUACGCUGGAGUCCACAUGAAGGCCAGCAGAGGAAGCCGGGUGGGAGCCACCACCCUUUGAAUGUUUAUCACCCAUCAUCUCCCAGGGGAUUUUUUGACCUGGAGGAGCAGGCCAGCGGCAAUGGCGAAGGGUGGGAUGGAGGGUGGUUACGCACGUGGUAUUGCUUUUCACGAGGGUGCCACUCUUGAAGGCGAACCCUUUGAAGCCCUGCAGCUAUUUUGGUGGAUUUUAAUGCAGCUUUUCUUGCCUUUAUGGAACUGACUGUUCUAUUUUUGUCUUGGUUUGAUGAAAGACGAAUCGAGAGACUUUUGCACAGCGCUUGAUACAAAGAGAGGGAAGCAGAACUGCUGUGUUGCGGCAAUGAUGCCCUCAACCUCCUGUCUUGAAGGGUGCCAAUAACGUACCGACUGGGAUUUUUGUUUUUGAAAUCGGAGAAAAUCUUGGAUUUUUUUAUUUUCUGAAAGUAGAGACAAAACACCAUUGAAAAGGUGCACAAUACAUUCUCAAUACAUACAGUCUUUCUGUUUCUAUAUAUUUGUUUAUUUUCUCACAAAGUUGGCAAACACGUAUGUGUGCCGAACGUUCUCCAAAGUUGUGCCUUUGGAGUUGUGCGGUGUUGGCGACGGAGCUGAAUUCUAGGUCGUAGCCAACAAAAACAAACAUUGUGACCCCUCCCCUCUCCAUAGGAACCUCUGUUUUUUUCCUACAUUUGCAAUGACCUAAUGCGUUUUGCACAGUGGUGAAGCCUUUCACUUCUUGGCACUUAAAACCGGUACUCCAGCACACAUAAAGAGACAUUCAGAGAUCCCGCGGAGCUGCCAGUUCUAGGCUGCGACGAGGCCGUGCAGCUGCGUGGUGGCGAGGAACACAACGCACUUACUCAAAGCUCAUUGUUCCUUAACUGUAAACGACAGAUUCAGUCCUAGCUUGGAGUCCCGACUUCCUCGUUUAAAAGUGUUCGUUCACCUUCUGGCCUUGAUGUUUCCCGUUACAGUAUGAAUAUAUAUUGUAUUAAUUUCAAAAUAAGAGUAUAUCUAGUCACUAUACGUAUUUGGGCAUGUGUUCCUCCGUGAGCAUCGAAUGUUGAGAACAGUUUUUUUAACUACUAUCGCCGCUUACGUGCGCGCCGUUUGGCGCCGUCGGGGCGGCGAGCAGUGUGUAGCGAGGGCGUUUCCGUGGAAACGAGCGAACGGACCCGAGGGAGCGAGUGCUUGAGUUAACAGGGUUGCUUUAAGCUGGCCUUAUAUAACCUUUUUAAUUCUUUCCUACUCUGACUGUUCAAUACUGUUUGUAUCUCGAUUUAGAAAUCAUUGUAUUAAACGGCAUUUUGUUCAUUUUUAAAGAAAACAAUAUGUAGUAAUAAUAGACGACUAACGGUCUCUAACGGGUCAGUCAAAGUUGUAUUUGUUACUCUGCAAUAUACUCAACAACACUUUGCAGUAUUUUCUAGAAGAUGGCCUCGGGUUUUUGACUCCGACUUUUUCUACUAGAAUUCCACAGAAAUAACGCUUCGUUCGCUUUGAAACCGAAGUAGCUUUUCACCUGGGGUGUCCAAAGUACAGGGCUUGGCAUCACAUAUUCGUUCGGUUACGAUCUGUCCGGUCGCAUUUCAUCGGAUUCGAUUUAAUAAUGUGCUAUAUGCUGACUCCUGUGGCCUUUUUGUGUAUCUGAAUAUAUAUUAUGCACAGAUAUGCAACAGUCAUCUCCUCAACAUAUCAUCGUGGAUGACUGUUUCUUGUGCUCGAAACGACUCGCCAUACAGUCUCAAACGGGACACGCGAUGUUCGACUCGUACACCCUAGGAUUGAAAUGUACUUCAUUUCAGGGCUGCUUUUAAUUUAAAUGUAAUUCUUGAUUUCAAGCUGCUUUCUUGGAGGAAUGUUUGUGUCCGUAACAAUGGGAAAGAGAACACGUUUUUCUCUGUUUGUAUAUUCCCAGAACACAGGAACAAGGUAUUCUGUGGAUAUUUCUCGUAGCUACAUGACGGUUAAAGGCAGUGACGUGAUAAUACGGAGCGAGAAUGAGACAUUCAGAGAUGAGUGAAUAAGGAAAUGUAUCUUACCUCACUGAGGAAUUUUUCAGGGAUUUUUAUUUGACAAUGCGACGGCAUCGUGUUACAGCUUCAAAUGUCAAAGAGCUGUUUUAUAUGUGCUGUAUACAAUUUUUUUAAAAGAUACAAUCUAUAUAUGUGUAUAAUACUGGGCUUGGUAACCGGGCAGUUAAAUUUUCUGGUUUAUGAAGGAUAUAAAAUUGUCCCUUAUGUAUUGUAUAGUAUAUGAAAACCAAUACAAGACUUUGUACUGCAAAUAAAUAUUGAAUUAUUUUUUGGUUA